CCCUACCAACAAUUCCUUGCGCGCCACGUCCUCAUCAGAACCGUAAGAACGUGGAAGUUUACUAAAAUAGACGACUGGUUAGCUGAUAAACAAUAAAAUGAAUAUCUUUCGACUUAUCGGUGAUAUGUCCCAUCUUUUAGCAAUAAUUUUACUAUUGCUAAAGAUGUGGAAAACUCGAUCAUGUGCAGGUAUCUCUGGAAAAAGUCAAAUACUUUUUGCACUGGUGUUUGCAUCACGUUAUCUGGAUCUCUUUACAAGCUUCGUUUCUGUCUACAACUCUGUCAUGAAAAUAUUCUUCAUUUCAACAUCUUUAUUGACUGUUUAUCUCAUGUACUUCAAGUUUAGAGCAACUUACGACUCUAACCAUGAUACUUUCCGAGUUGAAUUCCUUGUGAUUCCUGUUGGAGGAUUAGCUUUCUUGGUUAAUCAUGAAUUUAGUCCACUUGAGAUUCUCUGGACCUUCUCUAUUUACCUUGAGUCAGUGGCUAUUUUACCUCAGCUCUUUAUGAUGAGCAAAACUGGUGAAGCUGAGACAAUUACAUCACACUAUUUAUUUGCUCUAGGAUCCUACAGAGCCCUGUACAUACUGAACUGGGUUUACCGAUACUAUUUCGAAGGAUUCUUUGACUUAAUAGCCGUAGUUGCCGGUUGUGUACAGACUAUUCUGUACUGUGACUUCUUCUACUUGUACAUCACAAAAGGUUUUGGCAAGGAGUCAGGUAUUGAAAGGAAAGCGGAUCACCUUACCGGCAUAAAUAUUGUAUGAGACCAAGUAAAAGAUUGAGUCAUGUUCAUUCAAGUAACUGUAUGUAGUCAUCACAGAGGAUAUUUUUCUCUCUAUGGAACGUUUAUUGGAUAAGGGUUGUUUGUUGUUUAGUUUUUUUUUGUUUUAGAUCACUUGUUAUGGGAAGAGUGGUGAUUUAUUUUACAGCAAAAAGACGUUUGUUUUAUUCAUUAAUAUAACGUCAUGGUUAUCUAAUUAAAUUAACUGAUUAUUAAGCAAAUUUGUAUUAAAAGUAUCAAUAGAAAUGUGUAAAGCAAAUCUCAAUUUUGUUUAGAAGAAGAACCAGUUUUUCAUCGACAAUCAAAUUCAAUGCUAUAAAAAGAACUUUUAUUAUUCACUUGUGUGUCAGAUAUAUUUAGUUAACAUUUUCAUUCUAUCAAUAUGAAUUUUUUUUUUUUUUUCAUAUCUUCGAUAUUUUUCCUUUAUAAGAAAUUCAUUUGUGGGAAAAAUAUUUUCUUAGGCCAUUAAAUUUCCUUUAAAAUAAUCAUUCAUUUAUUGAAGUACUUUAUUUACUUGCUUGUUUAUGUACUUAUUUUAAAAAAAAAAAAGCUAUGUUUCACCAUCUGCAUCAUUGUUUGCCUCAGAGUUGUCAGCGUACAUGUAUUGCCCAUCAGGUUCUCUGUGAGAAUAAAUAGGGUGAUCAAAGUAAUUAUUGAUUAAAAUAAAGUGCAUCAAAUGAAACAGUGUCUUUAGUUUUCUACCUAAACAAUACUAGAUAUGUUCGUCAUUUUUUAAAUUUUUAUUUACAGUGAUGUUGUAAUAACAAUCGUGCAUAGUGUUUUGGUUGUUUAACCAUUUUGGAAGGUGUGCCUUGCUUGAUAUAUGAACUACAUUGGUAAGACCUGUGAAUGCUAUAACAAGAAAGGCUUGUCAUGACAUAGAAUGUGAAUUGAGGGUCGUGUCUGUUUUAUUUAUUGGAUGACUAACUUAGAACAAAGCAUGCUGCUGGUUUAAUUUUGUUUUUUUUAAUUGGACUAAAACCUAAGUUGGGAAUUGAGUAUGGAUUAUCUAACACAACUUCCUAGGAUUAGUGAUCCUUAAUCUGUAUUAUGAAUGAUUUUUAGUUUGUUUUGAAUCCUUACAGAGUGAAUGAUUGACUAAUGUAAUGUUUCCUGUUGGUGAUAUUUGUGAACUUUAUUUGGUGAUAUAUGUGAAUUGUGUGCUAUAAAUAUAAAGAACACUUUUAUUGAGGGUGUUGAUGCUUGAAAUGGAAUUUAGCUUCAUUUCAAUACAUUUACCAUUUGAGGUAUUUAUUUUGAACUAGAAUGCUGUUAAGUUUCAUUCUCUUUGUACAUAUAUACAUAUUUUUUUUUUUUUACUUUUUUUUUUUUUUUUUCUUGCAUUAUGAUUAAUACAAUUUAAUAUGAAUAAAUCUGUACUGUCAUUAGUAUUUAAUACCUUUGUAGAUGGAAGCCAUAUUUAGAUCAUCAGAAGUCUCAUGUUUUUUUUAAAGAUUGUCUUGCCAUAAAAAGCGCAUCAAUAGGGCCGUCCUUGGUCAUUAUUACUUUGGUGUAAAUGUUGCCUAUUGCCUAACAUAACACAGCUGUUUUCCAAAUUAUGGAAACUGCUGAGCUGAAAUAUCAAAACUUGUCACAAGGUUUGAGCCUGUUAUAUUUCACACACACUAUAGACACUCUUUGCAUCCACACCAUUUUAUCACAUUGUAGACAGGAAAUCAGCUGCAUGUUUUUCUUAAUUUAUGAAAUGACCCCACAGACUGCAAGCUUGUAACAACUAUAUAGACUGGUAUUUACAAUUCACUUGUGGCUAUUGAAAUCAUCAUGUAUAUAGAAACUAGUUGUGUGCAUGGUUCUGAAAGUAUUAAAUGUGUGAUGCUAGUGUUAAAACUAUUUGUGCUUUUAUCCUUUUUUUGUUUGUCUCCUUCAGUUUUUGAAUUCUGUCCUAGUACUGCCAAGUAUUGAAACCAUGCUGUUCUAUGAUGUACAAUUAAACUAUUCAUAUAUUA